UUAGCGUUGGUCCUUCUAAGGUCAGGUGUGGUCCCUAGCCGCCGAGAAUCACACACAGGCUCCGCUACAGCACGCCGUGCUCUACCACGCGGCAUCUCCCCCCCCACGAACGAAGAGGCGCGGCGGCGGCCAUCUGCUCUCCCUGAUGGGUAGCCACGCCCACGACCACUCCCACGCCAGUGGUUUACACUGCCACGACCACGGCCAACACGCUGCGGAGAAGGGCGCCGUCCAUGCGAUCGCGAUGGAGGAGUCGGAGGAUCACAACGACCGCUAUGCAUACGAUCAUCAUGAUGACGGCCGCCGCCAUCAUGAUGGAAACGGCGGUGCGGCAGCGGGGGCGGGCCAGAAGACCACCAAUUCGGCGGAGUCGGCGGCCAAUCAGAGGAAGCUGAAGCAGGCAACGGCGUUUGUCCUGGUGUUCUUCGUGGUGGAGGUCAUCGGAGGGGUGUGGUCUGGUUCGCUGGCUAUCAUCUCCGACGCGGCACAUCUACUUGCCGACGUUAGCGGGUUCGUCCUAGCCAUGGUGGCCAAUGAGAUCGCGUCUAGGCCGGCGUGCGACAAGCUCACGUACGGACCGGUUCGAGCGGAGGUCCUGAGCGCGCUCUUCUCCACCGUGACCAUCGUAGUUCUGAGCCUGCUCCUCCUCUACUCUGCCCUCGCCCGCAUAGUAGACUUCUCGAAAGGGCAAGGGGAGGAAAUCGACGGGAGGAUGAUGACCUUCAUCGCUGCCUUGGGGCUCCUCGUCAACGUUGCACUUCUAUCGAUUUUCGGGCACGAGCACGGGGGUCACGACCAUAGCCACGGACACGGGCACGGGCACGCCCACGCUCACGACGACCACGACGAGGAAGAAGGGCUGGUGGUCCCGGCGACACUUAGAGCAGGCGUCGGCGAGCGGGCCUCUCUCGUCAACAACCACUGCGUCAACAGCAACAGCAGUACCACCAACAACGGCUCGGGAGACGCGGGCCUGCCGUUAGACAUUAGCAGCAGCAGCAGCGGCGCUUCCAGCAUGGCGGGGGGCCAGGACGUGUACGGGAGUCUAGCAGUGGGGGACGGGGGGGGCACGGCGGCACUCGGCGGGUUGGGGACUGGAGUGGACCGCUUCCCGGAGGUUAGGGCGGGGGUGGGGGAGGAAGUGGUGAAGCUGAAGAAGGAGAAGAACAUCAACAUGGAGGCGGCCGUGUUGCACGCGGUUACGGACUUGGUUCAGAGCGCUGGUGUGCUGUUGGCUGGGCUGCUCAUCUGGUACGACCUUCGCUGGAAGUGGGCCGACCCGAUCGCCACCCUCUUUUUCGUCGGCCUGGUGCUGAACUCCACCCGAUGGCUGCUGAAGCGGGCCUUCAAUGUCCUCCUCGAGGGAGUCCCCGACAGCAUCGACUACGACCAGCUUCGUCGCCGCCUCUCGUCCAUCGAAGGAGUUACCGACCUCCACUGCCUGCACGUGUGGUCACUGACCCUCGGAAGAACCGUCGUGUCCGCCCACAUCAAGGCGACCGACCCUGAGAAGGCUCUCGUCUCAGCACAUGGGAUUUGCGAGGCCAUGGGGGUUGUACACUCCACCAUUCAGGUCCAGGUGGAUCACUGCGUGGAUUCGAGAUGCAAGCACCCGUGCGUGUCGGCGGUGGGGGGGUGCUGCGGGCCCACCGCGAUAUCUGCUCGCCCAGCCCCGCAGUGUGCGCUGUCGGCAUCGAGGGCAACUUCCGCACCAUGA